AUGUCGACAUGGCGCGGCUUCAUUCGCAGAUUCGCUCCGUCGUGGUUUGCCAUUGUCAUGGGAACAGGAAUAAUCUCGAUCCUCCUCUACAAGCUCCCUUACAAUGGCGCAUGGCUCUACUGGAUAUCAGUGGCGAUUUUCGUCAUCAACGUCACCCUUUUCGCUAUAUUUUCCUUAACUUCGGCUCUACGGUACAUCUGCUACCCGAUCCUCUGGCGCGCUAUGAUCACUCAUCCCGUGGAGUCCUUGUUCGUGGCGACAUUUCCCAUGAGCGUGGGCAUUAUAGCCCAAGGAAUCGUGAACAUUUGUGUACCCGCUUGGGGUUCCUGGGCUGCAACUCUGGCCUGGGUAUUAUGGUGGAUUGAGGCUGUGACUUCUGUUGUGAUCUGCUUCUACAUUCCGUUCAAUAUCAUGUCCAUCCACAAGACCGACAUCGCGUCCGUGACACCUUUUUGGCUUCUACCUAUCGUCUCUACCAUAAUAUGUGCGGCCACCGGCGGCAUGGUUGCAGGCGCACUGCCGAGCCCUACCCAUGCCCUCUGGACCCUUAUAGUCAGCUACAUACUUUGGGGAAUCGGCAUCCCUCUCGCACUCUUCACCCUCGUUCUCUACUAUCACCGCUUAACACUCAACAGUAUCCCGCCACCAGCAGUUCUUUCGUCUAUAUUCCUCCCUUUGGGUCCACUGGGAGAGGGCGGAUUCGGCAUCAUGCAGCUGGGUGCCGUGUCUCGAACCGUAUUUCCACUAACAAAGACUCUAUCUCUCGUAUCAGAUGCAGGGGACAUCCUUUUUGUCUUCGGAUUCUUCACUGCGUUGUUAAUGUGGGGAUUCGGGCUUGCAUGGCUAUUCUGGGGAGCUAUGGCUUGUGCACGGACAAGACCACCCUUCAACAUGGGUUGGUGGAGUAUCGUCUUUGCGAUGGGUGUUUUCACAGGGUCUACUAUUACUUUAGGUGAAGAGAUGGGAUCAAGGUUCUUUGAAAUCCUUGGAACAGUCUGCACAGUCAUUCUCGUUCUCUUCUGGAUGGUAGUAUUUGUGUUUACCAUCCAUGGCACUGUUACUGGUGACUUACUCGUCUCUCCUAGCUUGAAACAGCUCGAAGAUGAAAGCAGUCGAUGA